AAAAAAAAGAAAAAGAAAAAAGAAAAAAGAAAAAAGAAGACGCUGACACGUAUCCAAUCAUGAAAGCCAAAAUGCAAUUUCAUCCACCCUUCCCCUUCCAUUUAGCUCCUCGUCCUCCACUUUUCCUUUCUUAAAACAAAAACACCAACAGCACAAAAGAAAACAAACCUAAAAAACAAAAUAAAAAUCUCACCCUCUCAUAUCUCAUCUCUCAUCUCUCCAAUUUCCAUGGCAACCAACAAAACCCCAAACAACAUUAGCAACCAAAGCCAAAGUCCUCUGCUCGGUCGGUACGAGAUCGGCAAACUUCUUGGACAUGGUACUUUUGCUAAAGUAUACCAUGCUAGAAACGUUAAAACCAACGAAAGUGUUGCCAUCAAAGUUAUUGACAAAGAAAAGAUCCUCAAGGUUGGUCUUAUGGCGCAUAUCAAACGUGAAAUCUCCAUUCUUAACCGUGUUCGCCACCCCAAUAUUGUCCAGCUUUUUGAAGUCAUGGCUACAAAAGCCAAGAUUUACUUUGUCAUGGAAUAUGUUCGAGGCGGUGAAUUGUUCAAUAAAGUUGCCAAGGGUAGGUUAAAAGAAGAGGUCGCCAGGAGAUAUUUCCAGCAAUUGAUAUCUGCCGUGGCUUUCUGUCAUGCCAGAGGUGUGUUUCAUCGCGAUUUGAAGCCAGAGAAUUUGUUGCUUGAUGAGAAUGGGAACUUGAAAGUUUCGGAUUUCGGAUUGAGUGCAGUGUCUGAUCAGAUUAGACAAGAUGGUUUGUUCCAUACUUUUUGUGGGACUCCUGCUUACGUUGCUCCUGAAGUUCUUGCCAAAAAAGGGUAUGAUGCUGCUAAGGUAGAUAUUUGGUCUUGUGGGAUUGUUUUGUUUGUGUUAAUGGCUGGUUAUUUACCUUUUCAAGAUCAAAAUAUUAUGGUUAUGUAUAAAAAGAUUUAUAAGGGUGAGUUUAGAUGUCCUAGAUGGUUUUCUUCUGAGCUAGUUAGGCUUCUUUCUAAACUUCUUGAUACUAACCCCGUCACAAGAAUUACAAUCCCCGAGAUUAUGGAGAAUAGGUGGUUCAAAAAGGGUUUUAAACAUAUUAAAUUUUAUAUUGAAGAUGAUAAAGUUUGUAGUGUUCAGGACGAGGAUGAUGUGGGUUCAUCUUCUGAUCAAUCAUUAUCUGAAUCGAAAUCGGAAUUCGAAACUAGAAGAAGGGUUACCACUUUGCCUAGACCUGCAAGUUUGAAUGCUUUUGAUAUUAUAUCGUUUUCGCCUGGGUUUGAUUUAUCUGGAUUGUUUGAGGAGGGUGGGGAGGGAGCAAGGUUUGUUUCUGGGGCUCCUGUGUCGAAGAUUAUAUCUAAAUUGGAGGAGAUUGCUAAAGUUGUAAGCUUUACAGUUAGGAAAAAGGAUUGUAGAGUGAGUUUGGAAGGGUCUAGAGAAGGUGUGAAAGGCCCAUUAACAAUUGCAGCUGAGAUAUUUGAGUUGACACCGAAAUUGGUUGUGGUGGAGGUUAAGAAGAAGGGAGGGGAUAAAGGAGAGUACGAAGAGUUUUGUAACAGGGAAUUGAAACCUGGAUUGCAGAAGUUGAUGCAGGAGGAAUCUGAGGCAGCACCUGCUGCUUCUGUGCCUACUGCUCUUGCGCCAUCAGAAUCCUCACUAUUCACCAUCGAUCCUUUUCCCACUGAUUCUUCACAAUCACCCAUGGAUCCUUUUCCUACGAAUUAUAAACAAUUACUUAUUGAUCCUUUUCCUACCGAUGCUUCACAUUUACCUAUCGAUCCCUUUCCUACCAAUUCUACCCAAUUACCUAUUGAUCCUUUUCCUACCGAUUCUUCACAUUUUCCUAUAGAUCCCUUUCCGACCGAUGCGUCAAAUUUACCAUCGGAUUCUGAAUAUUAGAGAAAGAGAGAGAAAGGAAAAGGGUAUGCUUUUCUCUUUACUUCUACUUGCAUAAGCUUUUGUAUGACAUACAUAUAUGUAUUUUCGAUUUCUUUGAUGUUCUGUUGUGUCAGUUAGGGGAUUAGAUGCUAAUACAUGUUGCAUGUUGUUUUCUUCUGCUGAGAGAUAGUAGAUUAAUCGAAGAAUGAAAUACUUAUUUCUGCUGAUCUUGGCAAUUCAGUGGUGACUUGUGUGUUAAAUUAACUUAUGUUGUAAAUGUGAUUGAAGUUGCUUUCUUGUGUUCA